AUGUACAACACCAUUCAUAUUGAUGAAAAAUGGUUUUACCUUACUAAAACCAAAGAUAGGUAUUACCUCAUGCCGGAUGAAGAGGAACCGUAUAGAACAUGUAAAUCAAAGAGGUUCAUUGACAAGAUUAUGUUCAUGUGUGCUGUAGCACGUCCUAUUAUUGACAUAGAUGGCACAAUUUUAUUUGAUGGAAAGUUGGGAAUCUAUCCCUUCACAACAACAGAACCAGCCAAGAGAAAUUCAAAAAACAGAUUGAAAGGAACCAUGGAAGUCAAGCCUAUUGCAGCCAUUACUAAGGAAGUCAUAAAAGCUUCCCUCAUUCAAGAGAUGGUCCCCUACUUUAAAGCUAAGUGGCCACAGACAGCAAACAAGAACAUAUUCAUCCAACAAGACAAUGCCAAACCCCACAUAAAACCUGAUGAUCCGGACUUUUUAGCGGUUGCAAACACUGAUGGAUUUAAAUUCCAACUUGUGUGCCAGCCUGCUAAUUCACCGGAUACGAAUAAACCAGCAAGGGAUGUGGAGGAGUUGCUAAAGAAUGUGAAAGAUGCCUAUGAUGAAUAUCCACCUGAGAAGCUAAACAAUGUAUUUCUGACUUUGCAAAGCUGUUACCACGAAAUAAUCAAGGCAAAGGGUGGGAAUAACUACAAAAUUUCCCACAUGAACAAAGACAGACUCACAAGACAAGGCAUGCUACCAGAUUGUAUUCAGGUUGCAGAAGGGCUAGUGAGGGAAAGCCUAGACUUCCUACAGUUGGAAUGUGAAAUUCACAACCUUGGAGAUGUCAUGGAAGAGAUGCAGCAGGUAUGGAUUAAUGAGUAG